AUGGGUCUUUCUUCUUGUUCCGGUGGGGUCCCGACAGUUGUCUUGGUCCUGCUGUUCCUGUCUUCAACUGUUUUAUGCGAUUGCCCAACCCCAACCUUACCCCCCAGGUCUACACUAAGAGGUUCAGAAACCCUAAAAGACAGCUAUGAUACUGGAACUGUUUUACGAUUAGUUUGCAUCCCAGGUUAUGAAUUUAUACCUAGGGCGCGUCCUUCUUUGACAUGCUCUCCAGGUGGAACGUGGACAGAGGUUACUGAAUUAUGUCAAGGGAAGCGAUGUCCAGUUCCCCAUUUAGAGAAUGGAGAAAUAUUAGAGUCAGAUGAUCUCCGGCUUGGUGAAACAGUAACCUUGGGCUGCAAUGCUGGAUACAGAAUGAUAGGUGAAAGUACCCUUCAGUGUAUUCUAAGAGGAGGCGAAGUUAGGUGGCACAGAGACCUUCCAUUCUGUGAACAGAUUCCUUGUCCUCGCCCUGCUACAAUUUCCAAUGGAAGGUAUGAUGCUGAUUCUACAGAUUCAUAUAUUGUGGGCUCCUCUGUUAUAUACCGGUGUGAUGCUGAUUAUUCCCUUAUUGGAAAGUCAACAAUUACCUGUAGAGUUGCAGCUGAUGGUAGGAAUGGAGAGUGGAAUUCACCACCUGAAUGUAGAAAAGUCAAGUGUGCAAAACCAAGCAUCCCAAACGGGAGAUUGGGAACUAUAUAUAAACCUAGCUAUACAUAUGGUGAUAGAGUAACACUUGAAUGCAAUCCUGGCUAUACUUUGGUAGGGGACUCUUGGGUUAGAUGUGAUGCUGAUAAUACAUGGAAGCCUUCACUUCCACGUUGUGAUAAGACUGGAGCAACUACCAAAGCAACUACUAGAUCCCCUCUACCAGUUCCUCCCCCUCUACCAGGCACUCCAAUCCCUGUCCCCCCAAUAGUUCCCCCUACCGUUGUUGUUCCUCCAGAAGUAGAUGAGACUACGUUCAUUCCAAUGUACCCAACCCAAAGAGAAACAAUUCCCACGGUGGAAUUGGGAUCAGGUUCAGCAUCAGGAUCUGGCAACGUUGUUGGAAUUAUUUUUGGAAUUAUUUUUGGACUUAUAGUUCUGGCUGCUUUGAUAUUUGCAGCUGUGAGAUGGUGGAACCAGAGGAAAGCUAAGGCUCCUGAUAAUAGUCAAGUAGCUUCAGAGAAAGAAAAAACGAUGGGUGAUCAGAGUCCACAAAAAUUUAGAAGUAAAACCUCACGAACCGUUCAACAUUUUUCUGCCUUAGAAUUGAAAACAGGGACUCCAUGA